AUGUUGUAUGCAAGUUUUUCCGUCGCCUGCAUAACCGUCCGGACAAGUGCAAAUGAAGGAACCGGGAGUGUUUGUGCAUGUAGCCAUAUGAUGACACGGCGUGAAGAAGCACUCGUUAACAUCUGGGCAAGAUGCACUGUCCAGAAGGUAAACAAAUUCCGUUUUCAUGACAGACAUUUGGAUCAGAACGGCAGGAACGAACAGGGAAACAUGAAAUUCCAUCGCCAAGGAAACCUGCAAAACCUGUGGGUCUGGAUUGCACACGUAUCCGUCCCCAAUAUACCCCGUACGACAGGAACAUUGUCGAGUGUGCUGAUCACAAAUGGCAUUCGGGUGACAAAGUGUCGAUUCUGUGAUACAGUCUGGACGAGAGAAUUUUCUGCAAGUACAUAG